UUAAACGUCAUUGUGAACCGACAAUUGACACAAUACAAAAUAUAUUAAAGUUAAAAGAAUAAAUUAAGAUUUAAAGUUUAAACGGGAUAAAAUUAAAACUAUGCCGCCGACUAUCAACAAUUCGGCAAUCAACAGCGCCGCCGACAAGAGGCCACAGCGGCAGACGGAGCGCAAAUCGGAGAUUAUUUGUCGCGUAAAGUAUGGAAACAACCUGCCAGACAUACCCUUCGACCUGAAGUUUCUUCAGUACCCCUUCGACAGCCAUCGCUUCGUACAGUACAAUCCCACGUCGCUGGAACGAAACUUCAAGUACGAUGUGCUGACGGAGCACGACUUGGGCGUGACGGUGGAUCUGAUCAACCGGGAACUGUACCAAGCCGACUCCAUGACCCUACUGGAUCCGGCUGAUGAGAAGCUGCUCGAGGAGGAGACCUUAACGCCCACGGACUCUGUGCGCUCCCGCCAGCACUCGAGAACAGUCUCCUGGUUACGAAAGUCUGAGUACAUAUCCACGGAGCAGACGCGCUUCCAGCCGCAAAACCUGGAGAACAUAGAGGCCAAGGUGGGCUACAACGUUAAGAAGUCGCUACGAGAGGAGACACUGUAUCUGGACCGCGAUGCCCAGAUCAAGGCCAUAGAAAAGACCUUCAGCGACACCAAGAGCGAGAUCACCAAGCACUACUCCAAGCCCAAUGUGGUGCCCGUGGAGGUGCUGCCCAUCUUCCCCGACUUUACCAACUGGAAGUAUCCCUGCGCUCAGGUCAUAUUCGACAGCGAUCCCGCCCCCAUCGGGAAGAAUGUUCCCGCUCAGCUGGAGGAGAUGUCACAGGCCAUGAUUCGUGGUGUGAUGGACGAAAGCGGCGAGCAGUUUGUCGCCUAUUUCCUGCCAACAGAGCAGACGCUCGAGAAGCGGCGUGCCGACUUUAUUGCCAACGAGCUUUACAAGGAAGAGGAGGAGUACGAAUACAAGAUAGCUCGCGAGUACAACUGGAACGUGAAGACCAAGGCGUCCAAGGGCUACGAGGAGAACUACUUCUUUGUCAUGCGGCCGGAUGGCAUUUACUACAAUGAGCUAGAGACGAGAGUACGCCUCAACAAGCGCCGCGUUAAGGUUGGCCAGCAACCCAACAAUACUAAGCUGGUGGUUAAGCAUCGACCUCUGGACAGCAUGGAACAUCGUAUGCAGCGCUAUCGCGAGCGUCAACUGGAGGUACCUGGCGAGGAAGAGGAGGAGGUCGAUGAGGAAAUGGAAGUGGAUGAGGAACAGAAGCAGGUUAUUGCCGAGACAGAAAAGACCGGCGAAGUUGCCUCGGACAGCGCAAAGACGAAAGAAGAUGGUGGAGAUUACCCGGCCCAAGUGGCAAAGGAUCGACAGUCACGCUCCCGGACUCGCAGUCGCAGCGGGUCGAGCUCGGGCUCGGGCUCUGACUCUGGGUCUCGGGCCAGCAGUCGAUCCAAGUCCGGCUCCCGCUCAGCCAGCGGCUCCCCUAGAUCGCGCACAAACUCGCCUGCAGGAUCCCAGAAGUCUGGUGCCGGCUCACAUAAAUCAGGAUCAAGAUCAAGAUCGGGUACACGUUCACGGUCGCGUUCGAAGUCCGGCUCCCGAUCUCGUUCCCGCUCAAAGUCUGGUUCCAGGUCCCGUUCACGGUCCCGAUCCGGAUCCCGCUCUGGCUCUGGAUCCCGGUCGCCCAGCAGAUCACGCAGUGGCUCGCCUAGUGGCUCUGGAACCAGUACUGGAAGCGGAUCAGAUGAGGAAUGAAGAGUUUCAGCAUAUGACUCAUUUAUUAAUAAAACGAAUUGAAUAUAAAGCCCUUGUGGCCGAAACCCAUCAAAAUAAA